AGCUCAUUCUGGUACAAGCCCUCGCUUUACCGAGACAAAAACCUAAGUUCUGACGUGUCGGGGUCUCACUGGGCCUGAAUCGUCGACGACUCGGAGAGUCGCAGGCGCGAAGUUUCCUGGCCUGGAAGAGGGGUCGCCCAGAGUGCGAGAUGCAAGUGGGGAAGCCCAUCCUCUAUUCCUAUUUCCGAAGCUCCUGCUCAUGGAGAGUUCGAAUCGCUCUGGCCUUGAAAAACAUGGACUAUGAGAUGAUAACCAUCAACCUCACAAAGGAUGGGGGGCAGCAGUUCUCUGAAGAAUUCCGGGCCCUGAAUCCCAUGAAGCAGGUACCAGCCCUGAAGAUUGAUGGAAUCACCAUUGGCCAGUCACUGGCCAUCAUCGAGUACCUGGAGGAGACCCGGCCCACGCCACGACUCCUGCCUCAGGACCCAAAGAAGAGGGCCCACGUGCGCAUGAUUUCCCACCUCCUGGCCAGCGGCAUCCAGCCCCUGCAGAACCUGUCUGUCCUGAAGCAAGUGGGACAGGAGAACCAGCUGACCUGGGCCCAGCAGGCCAUCAGUUCUGGCUUUAACGCUCUGGAGCAGAUCCUGCAGAGCACAGCGGGAAAGUACUGUGUGGGAGACGAGGUGUCCAUGGCUGAUCUGUGCUUAGCGCCUCAGGUGGCAAAUGCUGACAGGUUCAAGGUGGAUCUCACUCCCUACCCUACCAUCAGCCGUAUCAACAAGUCACUGCUGGCCUUGGAGGCCUUCCAAGUGUCUCACCCCUGCCGGCAGCCAGAUACACCCCCUGAGCUGAGGGCCUAGCUCUCAAACCGCGCCCCACUGGUGCAGGGCUGGGAGCAGUGCAGGGGCAGAAGCUGCAUGGGCUGAAGAGGCCUGGAAACGAGCGAGCCUUAACUGCAGAGGCGGAAGACCUGAACUCCUAGCCCUUGAACUUGAACUCUAGCCCUGGAUUUGCCUUCCCACUGAAACUCCUUCUGCCUCAGCCCCUUCAUCUGUCACCUGUGGGCAGAAUGGGGCGGGAGAAUGCCGGGAGGCGGGUAGGCAGGAAGUCUUCAUGACUGUGUCGCGGGCAGUCGUGAAGAUGAAGUGAACGUAGACUAAAACGUAUGGCGAGUUUACCAGGGAGCCAUGAGGAAGUCUGAGCGCCUCUUCCCGCCCCCUCGACUGUACCUGACUCCAAAGAAUGCCCACACUGUAAUCUGUUAAUUAAACUAAAGCCCAGGUCUCCGGGUUGUUCACUUAAAGCUGA